AUGUCUCAUGGCACCACCACCCUGGCCUUCAUGUUCCAGGGGGGAGUGAUAGCUGCAGCAGACACACGGUCCAGCUGCAAUGGGCUGGUUGCCUGCCCAGCCUCGCAGAAGAUCCUGCCUGUCCACUCCCACUUGGUGGGCACCACCUCAGGCACAUCUGCCGACUGUGCCCUAUGGAAGAGGAUACUGGCUCGGGAGCUCCGGCUUUACCAGCUCCGCCAUGGCAGAAGGCUGUCCACAGCUGGCGCUGCCAAGCUACUAGCCCACAUGCUGCACCCGUUUAAGGGCACUGAACUGUGUGUGGCAGCCACUCUGUGUGGUUGGGACGGAGUGCUCUCUGGCCCCAGCUUGUACUACGUCUGCAGUGACGGGACUCGCCUGCAGGGAGCGCUGUUCUCUGUGGGCUCUGGCUCGCCCUAUGCCUACUCUGUGCUGGACGGAGGGGUACGGUGGGGGCUGACGGUGGAGGAGGCCAUCUCACUGGCCAGAGAGGCUGUGUACAGGGCCACACACAGGGAUGCAUACUCUGGGAACUGUGUGGAUGUGUACCAUAUCACCUCACAUGGGUGGACUCGCAGGGACAGAGAGGAAUUGAGAGAGGAGUAUUACAGAGAGAAGGAGAGAGAAAGAGUGAAGGUGAAGGAAAGGAGGGAGAAACAGGAAGGAGUGGAAGAUGGGCAGAGCAGUGGUAGAAAGAAGUGA